GAUUUUCACGUGAUGGUAACAAAAACAGGAAAUAAACACUUUUUUUUGUUUACUUAUUUCGACACUUUGAAAUUGUUUGUGGACGUCAAUUUUGUGAUAAAUUUCGCGUGUUUUAACUUCGCGUUUAUUCACCAGGAGCUCUACUAACGGUGCCGCUUGUGGUUUAAUCUUACUCGUCUGCUGCUGUAUUGUAUGAGCUAGUUCUGUUAACGGUGCCACUCGUGUUUUAAACGUACUCGUCUGCUGUUGUCUGAGCUGGAACAAUGCCGUCUGGAGUGGCGCUAGUUGUGCUGACUGUCUGCUUCCUGCUUGUGGAGUCCCAAAGACCAAACCGCCUACUGUACGGUGACAUCAUGAGACUUCGACCAACUGGAAAAAGGAUCGGAGGUGUGACGGCCUCCCACCUAACUGUAAGCCAACACCUACCCGCCCUGCAGAGGUUACGUCGCUGUUACGACGCCGUGGCCAGUAGCAACAACCUCCAGACCUCUUUGAUAGCCGCCCUUGCCAGCCGUGAAUCAAGCGGGGGGAUCACAAUCACCAGGACCAACGGCUACGGGGACAGGGGUCGGGCCUAUGGAAUCAUUCAGUGUGACCUUCGGACCUCUGGCUUGCCCUGCACUAGGUACCGCUGGGACAGCUGUGAGCACAUGCAGAUGAUGGUCAGACAGCUGUUGGUACCCUACAUUCAGAGCGUCAGAAGAAAGUUUCCUAGUUGGCCACUGGAAAGGGCUUUACAAGGGGGCGUGGCCGCCUUUAACUUUGGCGUGAGUAACGUCCAGUCAUGGAACGGCCUUGAUGACGGGAGCACCGGUAACGACUACAGCAAUGACGUCAUCGCCAGAGCACAGUGGCUCCACAGGAGAAUGUGGCAUUAACUCUCAGACUAAACUGGCUCUGAUACAUAUUCUUCUUAUUGCUACAUUAGUUUUUAAAAUUACUCUUUUUUAAUUAAGUUAUCACACAAUUAAAUAUCAGAUACCACGUUUAUAUAUACAUCUUUUGAUAUAUAACAUGUAUUUGUUUGUCCUUAUGUUUAAUCUUUAUAUUACUAGUCGGGCGUGCCAUGCUUAAGGCACCUAACAAAAUCACCAAAUUCCUGGGUUUUCUUCAUGAUGGGUUUCUUGCACUUUUUGAUACUUUAUCCAUUUGCGUAUUAAUAAAAUAAUACAUUUAAUGAGAAAACAUGUUUUAGGUAUUUAAAAUCCCAUUUUUAUGACCCUAUUAAUUUGAAAAAAAUUAUCAUUUUUUCUCAAUCUUACAAGUUCUCUACGAAACGUUUUACAUCCGUCAAAAUAUUGUAAUUGGCGUCAUUUGAAGACAGCAUUUCUCAUUUAUGUGAUAACGUAUUUACUAGCGUUUCGGAAACACCCAAAGCUUAAAAUCGGCUUUACAAAUUACACAGAUAUGUUAUUUUCGUGACCUACUUUUCGUUACUUUUCGCUGUUUUUCUCAGUUCGCAGUUUUUAACACUAAAAAGCCUACCAUUUUGAUUUACUAAAUAAUGAACAUAAUAUUUUUAGUAAUUGUUCUUCAUCAAAAUAAAUUAUGUAAAAUAUGCACAUCUUGAAACUUUUGGAUACUAAAAAGAUUACUAUUUUUCAGAACUUGUAAAAUUCUGACCAGUAACUCUUUCAAAAAGUCGUGACAAAAGUUUUAAUAUAUACUGAAAAAUAAGCUUUACCACUGUUUUAGACUGCAAAUACUUAGUAGUAUAGCAUGCAAUGUAUUGUAACAAAUAUUUUAGCACAUUCAGUUUGAUUGUAGUGAUUUAAAUACGAGUUGCCUUCCGUAAAUCUAAUUGUCAGAAACAUGGGAGAUAAUAAAUUGUCAUUAGC